AUGUCCCUCCGUUCGCACCUCCGCAACCUCUUCCAACGCUCAAAGCGCAAGCCUAGCACCGCUCAAGCUCAUCCUCGUCCCCUCUCAACUUCCACAACCUCGACCACCUUGACCACCUCGACAGUCUCGAGCGCUACCACGGCAUUCCUUGGUGACUCGCCGUCAUCUAGCACAAAUCUCAACAUGGCCGACGACGUCCCCAACCACAACCCCGCUCCCGCUCCCGCGGCUCCUAUCUGCGACCCCCGUUCUGAAGUGGGCGAGGCUCGCGCUGCCGUCGAGGUGGCCCGCAAGAGUGCAGACGAAUCCCGUGCCACCGCUGAGGUGGCGCGCCUGGCAGCCGACGAAGCGAGCAAGCGCCGUGAGGAGGCUGCCGCUUGGCGCCACACCGCCAGCGAGACCGAGACCAAGAUCGAGAUCAAGGCCGAGUAG